AUGAAGGGCCAAUAUAAAGGCGUACAAGCAAGAAUUAAAACUUUAAAUACCAAAGCAUUUUUUACCCCAUGCGCUGCACAUAAUUUAAACUUACUACUUGGAGAUUUGUCAAAAAGUUCAACUAAAGCUAUCUCAUUUUUUGGUGUAGUUCAGAGAAUUUAUUGUUUAUUUUCGUCAUCCACUGGCCGCUGGGAUAUUUUAAAAAAAUAUUGUGAUCUAUAUACUUUGAAACCACUAUCAGAAACUCGUUGGGAGUGUAGAGUAAAUAGUGUAAAAGCUCUACGUUUUCAAUUACCUAGUGUAAUUGAAGCUUUGGAAGAAGUGUCAAAUACAACGAAUGAUCCAAAAACAAAAAGUGAAGCCCAUUCUUUGGUUAUUAAUGAACUAAAUAGCUAUGAAUUUGUGAUAAGUUUAGUGAUCUGGUAUGAAAUUCUGGUGGAAGUAAAUGUUGUUAGUAAGAGUUUGCAAAGUAUAAAUAUGCAUCUGGAAGUAUCUAUUAGUUUGUUAAAAGGACUAAUACAAUUCUUUGAAAAAUAUCGUAAUUCAGGAUUUUAUUCUGCAAAAAUAACAGCUAACAAAAUUUCAGAGGACCUCGAUAUCAAUAAAGAAUUUAAAAAAACCCGUAAAAGAGUCAAAAAGUCACAUUUUAGCUACGAAGGGCCUGACAAUUCAAUUGAAGAUGCUGAACUUAAAUUCAAAUAUGACUUUUUUAAUACAGUAAUUGAUCAAGCACUAAAUUCAAUGAAUGAACGAUUUCUCUAA